AUGACGUCAGCAAACAUCGAAAUGGCAGUUUACUGCUUUGACGUCAUCUACGCACAACUCAACCGUCAGAAAGAACCGACGGUGCCAAGAGAAAUAUCUGAUGUGAAGCUUCCGCUAUUCGUGACAUGGAAGAAAGGAGUGCAUCAUGAUUUGAGAGGAUGCAUCGGCACCUUUUCUGAUCUGAGAUUGGGCGAAGGGUUAAACGAGUAUGCCAAAACCAGCGCGUUCCAUGACUCGAGAUUCAAGCCUAUAACGAAAGAAGAAGUUCCAAGUUUGCAAUGUGGAGUUUCUCUCCUGAUCAACUUUGAAAAUAUUCACAAUUAUCGUGACUGGACCAUCGGUCGUCAUGGAGUCCGGAUGAAUUUCAGUGACGGUCGUCGCACUAGAAGUGCCGUUUUCUUGCCUGAAGUUGCUUCGGAACAAGGAUGGAACCACGUGGAAACUAUCGAUCACUUAAUUCGCAAGAGCGGAUUUAAUGAUUACAUCACCGAGGAGCUCCGCCAAAGUCUCAGAAUCGUCCGCUUCCAAAGCUCGAAAAUAGUUGUGGAUUAUAAGGACUACGUUCAAUAUAAGCAACAUCACGGCCAGCCCAUUCCACACUGA